CCCCACCUACCUCCCCUCGGAUCCAACCCCUUCGAUUCCAGCCGUGAUGAGGAUCCAGUUCGCGCCCCUCCGAAUCCCCCUGCAACGCAGACUGCAGACUCUGGCGGUCCUGCAAUGGAUCUUCUCCUUCCUGGCUCUCGCGCAGUGCUGCUUGGUCAUCUUUGUCCUGCUCCUGCUCACUGACUAUUGGCUCAUUGCCGCUCUCUACGCCGGUUGGCUCUACCUGGACCGAGACACGCCAUCCAGCGGAGGUCGGAGGUCAGCGUGGAUCCGCAGCUGGGUGAUCUGGAGGUACUUCCGCGAUUACUUCCCGAUCACGCUGGUGAAGACGGCGGAACUGGAUCCAGAACACAACUACCUGUUCGGCUUCCAUCCCCACGGAAUCCUGGUGGCCGGAGCGUUCGGGAACUUCUGCACCGAGGCGACCGGAUUCUCCCGGCUCUUCCCGGGACUCACCCCCUACCUGCUGAUGCUGCCCUUCUGGUUCAGGGUGCCUUUCUACAGGGAGUACAUCAUGUGUGGAGGCCUGGUGUCCUCGGACAAGCAGAGCGCCAAUCACAUCCUGAGCCAGGAGGGUGGGGGUCAGGUGGCGGUGGUGGCCGUGGGGGGCCCCCCCGAGUCGCUGGACGCCCGGCCGGGGGCACUGACUCUCAGCAUCCUUGACAGAAAGGGCUUCAUCAAAAUGGCACUGAAAACCGGGGCCCACCUCGUGCCGGUGUUUUCCUUUGGUGAGAACGAGCUAUUCAACCAGGUGGAGAAUCCCCCCGGAUCAUUGCUGCGGACAGUGCAGGACAAGCUACAGAGGCUGAUGGGACUGGCAAUGCCCCUGUUCCAUGCCCGCGGAGUCUUCCAGUACAAUUUUGGUCUGCUGCCCUAUAGAAGUCCCAUCUUCACUGUUGUGGGGAAACCCAUUCCGGUGACGAGGAACCUGAGCCCCUCCCACGACGACAUCGAGAGGCUCCACAAGCUGUACCUGGAUCAGCUCACCCGCCUGUUUGAGGAGAACAAGAUCCGGUUCGGCGUUCCGGAGAGCAGCCACUUGGUGCUGAGAUAGCAGACACUGCACCCUCCCAGGAUAUGAGAUCGGACUGCCGACCCCAGAACCAAACCUCAGCCCUCCCGCCUGCCUUCCAUUGGAGUGGACGCAGAAUAAAUCCGACCGAUGACCCUCGAUCGAAAGCAACCUUUUCCCUGCAAUGUAUGUCAGCUCUUGUGUCUCAAUAAAGGACUGCAGCUCUGCC